UUCAAGUUUCUUGCUUUAGAGAGAAAGAGAGAGAGAGAGACAGAGAGAGACAGAGAUCUUCUAGUAGUAGCUUCUUGCUUUAGAGAGAGAAUCUAAUCACUACCGGAGAAAUCUAAAUCUUUCUUCUCCGGACAAGAUGAUAGCUCACUUGGAGUGUUCGGUCCACGAAAACGACACCGAAUCCCGGCCCUACGACUUCGUCUUCGGCCUCCGCGGCGCCCUCGACGUCAGCGAGCUCUUCUUUUCAGUUCUUGGCGGGCUGGACCAGUUCGGCAUCAUCACCGGAGCCCCGGACAUGGUGAGGUGGAUGAGGCUGGUGUGCACCGAGUUCGACGCCUUUCACCUGUCAUGCCCAGUCUAGUCACUCAUGACCAUGGCGAAGACUCGUUCGAUUAUUUCAACCGGAUACAACUUGAAGUCGUAACCAUUCUUCAAGCAGUACCGUAUGACUACGACUUUAAGUUGUAUCUGUCGCACUUCCAACUGGAGAAUUAGAAACGACAUUUUGAGAGUCAGUAGAAUGAGCACAUAUGUCGAGCGGAAGACUUGUUAUGAUCCGAUGACAAUCUUUGCUCCCGAAUACCUCGCUCUCGAACAACAAAUUUUUUCUAGAGUUAUUCCUAAUCCUCCUCCCGAACACAUUUUCCCAAGAAUCAUUCACAAACCUUAGCUAGCUAGGGCAAAUGGUCAUUGUCAUUCCAGUUUUCUCCUCUUGUUUUUUUCUGUUGGGCCAGUGCCAUUGUUCUUAUCAAUCGAACAUUUCAGCUAAGAAGCUAGCUGUUGGCAAAAAAUUAAUGUAAAUAAAAUUUUGUUUGAGCAAAAAGAUAUGGAUCCUUUCCUU